UGAAUCAAUGAUGUCUGUAAAUAAUUUGGUAUACUGAUGAGGAGGAAUGGAGGUAGAACAGGAAGAAGGCGACACAGAUGAAUGGCCCCCCUAUCUGCUGGAGGACCUGCCCACAGAAGCCUUAUUGGAGAUAUUUCAGCAUUUGGACUGGCAUAAUCUCAUCAAUGUGUCCCAGACUUGUUCACGCUUCAGAGACCUAUGUCUAAAGUCAACACUAUGGUUACAUAUGAAACAGUUAGAUUUCAGACAUUGUGCCAUACCUUAUGACAGAAAUGUUUUACAGAUUAUGUCCAAGUGUCCAAACACAGAGGUGCUGUACCUUGGGGAUGUACUACUGGAGGAACCCGAGGAGGACAUGGAUAUGUCAGACACAAAUCUUGUUGGCAUUGAUAAAUUCUUCCUUACUGUUCUCAAACAGAACGUUCAUCUGAAACAACUUUAUCUCUCCAUGCAUGGCAUCACCAACCGCUCUGUGGAGGCUAUCUGUGCUAAGUGUUCAGAGCUACAACACAUUGUGAUAGAGGACAGUGAACACAUGAAUAGAGAUGCUCUCUCUGACCUUGUCAGCACUAUCCCAGGCCUCCAGGAGCUUCAUGUCCUGAACUGCGUGUCUGUGAUGUACCCAGAAAUUGGGCACCAAGAUCCAAAUCAAAAACUCAGUCUGACUCGAUUCAGUUUGACUGGAACAGCAAUAUCUACUGAAGAUGUUAGCACACUACUCAAGAACUGUUCAGAGUUAUGUGACCUUGACCUUAGUGAAACCUAUGACUUCACCUGCUUUCCAAGUGAUAUAUUACCUACACAGAGGAGUGGCUUAGACACCUUACAAACCCUGAGGCUACGAAAUAGCAAAGGAUUACAGGACUUGACCAUUGGAUACUGCCCACAACUGAAAAUGGUGGAUGUGUGUGGAUGUGUGGGUCUCACUUCCCUCAAGCUUUCCUGUCCUAAAGUUGAAGAUGUUCUUCUUGAUGAUGUCACUCAACUAAAGGAACUUUUGCUGUCACCUUGUAAUAUGGCCAAAGUGGAGGUCAAAGAUCAUGCUAGUUUGAAGAAUUUAGAGGUCACCAGUCCUGUCCUUGAGUCUGUCAGUCUUUGUAACUGUCCGCAGUUAUCGACAGAUACCUUGGUAUCUCAUGUGAAAGAGCGUCAGUUCAUCACUGAGCUGAUCCUAAACAAAUGUAAAAACAUUCCACCGGCAGAUGUCAACCUCCUUGUUCUGCCAGCUUUCCCAAAUUUGCGUAGUCUGUCAUACAGUGGCCCUGCAUGGAGUGAUGUACACAUUACCAGCUCACAGAUUGAUACUCUAACGUUUGGAGACUGCGUGAAUGUGACUGGACUUCCUGUCAACAUUCCAUCCCUACAGAAACUCUCCCUGUUCCGCUGUCGUGAUAUUACGGAGAGUGAACUAGUAAAUGGACUACUGUUUGGGAAUCAGGCACUUGACAAUCACAAUAAGCUUACCCCGACAGGGAAGACUCAAGUGACCUUACAACCAUUCUCUCAAAACACAGGGACACCAAACCUACAGGAGCUUACUUUGAGAGAAAUGGUUGGAAUCCAUGGCAACAUGUUGUCAGGGGCCAUGUCAAAUUUCCAGGAUCUGACACAGCUACAACUGAUCAAUUGUUCUUGUCUUGCCCAGUUGAGUAUAAAUAACUGUCCUACUCUAACUCAUGUGGUGGUCCGGAGUUGUAACAGACUGACCAAAGUGACCAUUCAACAGUCAGCACCCUGUGUACAAACCGUGGAACUAAAGUGGUGUGGUAUGGUGGACGAAUUCUCUUGUGUUGCUAACAAACUUCAGUGUCUGGAUGUAGCUGCCACAAACUUUGUACACUUCUCUUUAACGAGUAGCUCACUGACUUUCCUGGCUUUAACUGGUGUUCUUACUCAGUCUGGACACUCCCUCACCAUCAAUUGUCCUCUUUUGACAUCCCUAUCUCUACAAAAGUGUGACCUACUGACCACUGCCCAGUUGAGUCGCCUACUGAAAGGUACAUCUGCCCUGAGUGCUGUUGAUGUCCGGGGCUCCUCAUCGAUCAGUUCUCUGGAGAUUCCUGGAGGAGUGAAGACAUGCUAUCUGAUGGGCCAUAGAAAACUCCAGGAAAUCUCAGUUCAGCAUCCCAUACAGUUGUCCCACCUCACACUCAACAAUCUACCAAAGUUUGUUCCAAACCAGCGUCUGACACUUCUGAAAGCCUGCGAGGAUAUGCUGACUGUGUUAGACCUGCGAGCUAUACCAGGGGAGACAAAUCUGGUACUGCAGCUGAAAAAUUUAGAGUCUCUAACACUGGACCAGGGUCUCUACCUCCUUCAUCUUGAAAUCCUUUGUCCAAAGUUGGCUUACUUGAGGAUUCAGGGUUGUCCCAAGCUUUGGCACCUAACUAUAGAACUGGAACGACUGUCCCAGCUUCAAGUCACACACAGUUCUCCACUCCUGGCUCUUAGAUCCAUGGAACUACAUACAUCACACGUUACCUACCUUGCUAAGGUUAUAGCAUAUUACUGUCCCAAGCUGCAGAAUUUAAAGCUGUACAGGACUUAUGUAACUCAAGAAAUGAUUGAAAAGCUUGGCAGCCUCAUUCCAACCCUGGAGAAGAUAAGAUUAUAUGGUUGUCAUGGUCACACCAUUACUGGACAUGGUUCUGGGAAUACUAUUGUCCGACCUGGUACUACAGAUCUCUCCAUCACCAGUGAACAUAUUCUGGAUUCCUGACAUCACCUAAAGGAACCUGUCAGUUCCUAUUAACAUCAAUAAACCAUCAUCAGACAGAACAGGACAUGAAAUGGCUUGGGUCUAAAAUCUAAUGUGGAUGGACGAUGUCUUACAAUCAAUUCAGGAUUAAAUUCUUGUGCUACGAGACAAUUAGCUAGACAAGCUGCAGGGAUAAACAACU